UAUUAUUUUUAAAAUUCAUUCUCUUCCGUCCCAAAUUCAAAAUCUAGGGUUUCUCUUGGCAUGGAGAUAGAACAGCAUGGGGCGGUCGCUUUGGUCUUUUGAAGAUGAAAAGUAGUGAAGAUCAGAGCACUGAAGGAAGCAGUGGCAGAUUCCACAUUUUGCAGCCGCUUCGUGACCUUGAAUCCAAUUGGGCCGUUGAUCUUGCCAAGAACCUCGAAGAGUAUCUUUUGAAGAUCUGUUCUGGUGAGAUUACUGGCGAAGAUGAUGGUCAGCUCUCUGUGAACUUCGCUGAAGCUGCUCUGGUGCUUCAAGGUUCUAUUCAGGUGUACAGCCGGAAAGUAGAAUAUCUGUAUUCUUUGGUUUUGCUUGCUUUGAAUUUCAUUUCUCAGAAUAGGCAUCAGGAUCAGCCAGAGAAUACUACAGUCCAGCCUGACGGAGUUGAUUCCCAUACAGUUCCUGAUGAGGAGAAUGAAUUGUUUCUGGGUUUAGAUGAUGUGCAAGUGGAAGCUAAGAACUGCCUUGAUGAGGGAUUUAGCAAUGAAAAUGAAUUGUUGCACAACUUUGUGAAGCCUCCUUCAAAUUUAGUUGUGUUAGAAGGCGAUUGUUUAGAUGUGACCGGUGAUGUUGGGGAAUUAGAAUCUUAUCUGUUAGCCACCAGUGAUUUGUACCAAGAUUUUCUUCUAUUAGAUCCUUGUGAUGCUGUAGCAAUUAAUGAUUUUUUGAAAGGGGAUCAAACUAGUAAACAACAAAAUAUCCCCAAUAGAGGCAGCAGUUUGAAGUCGAAGGGUAGGAAAAGCUUUCAAUCUCCGAUUAGACAAUCUGGCAGUGCAGCUCAUAAGUCAUCUUUUACCCAAAGUCAGGAUGUAAAUAAUAGUCAGAAUCCAGGGGUUGACGGCAAUGCUGAAGUUAAUUUUGACAACGUUUGGCUGGAACCUCCUACUUGUGAUGCUUCUGUUAUUAAUGAUGAAAUGGAUGGUGGAUAUUCAAAUCAUAUGGAUGAUGAUGAUGACGAAGACGAUGAUGAUCCAUGGAAGCCUUUGAAUCCCCAUGAACCUGGAAAUUUGAAAAUAAAACCAUUUAAGAAAGUAAAAGUUGUCAGAAGGAAGGAGACAAGCUCUACCAAGAUCUCUUUAACUACACAAUUUCCUCUAGCAAGACUCCAUGGGACCAUAGAUUCGGAAUUUGCUGAAAUUUGGGAGGCACAAAUCCAUACCCAAGAAAGGUUACAGGGUUCUCAAUCCCCUCCACUUUAUGAGAAGCUACGGCAAUCACUUGUUCUUGGAGGGCGAACUACCAAUGCUUUUAGUAGCCCUGAGGAUGAAGAUGAGGAUGAAAAUCAUGAUAAACCUGAUUUUGAGGAAGUUGAUAUCAACAUGCCUGAGACUACUUACAUGGAUCCAGAAAUACCUUUAUGUGAUAAAGAGGGGGAUGACGGUGUUUGUUUUGAUAACAAUGAAACUUAUGGAGUGGAAGAUUCAAAUGGCCUGGAAGAUCUUUGCCGCGCACACCUGGAUGCUCUACUUGCUAGUAUUGCAGCAACUGAACAGCAGUCUGAAUUGGCUGCUCGGGUUUCCUCAUGGAAACAGAGAAUUGAGCAAAACUUGGAAGAGCAAAAUUCUCAUGCACCAUUUGAUAUUCAUGAUUAUGGUGGGAGAGUUAUGGACAAACUAUCCCUGGAAGCAGAUGGUAGAGAUGGCAUGUCCUUCACGGACAUUGUGAGAGGCCAAGAAAAACAUGAUGUUGCUAGGACGUUCUCUGCACUUUUGCAACUGGUGAACAAUGGAGAUGUAGAUCUCGAUAGAGGUGACUAUGGUGGUGAGCCUGAAUGUCAUACGGCUGAAAAUCCAUUUUAUGUGCGGGUUGUUGGUCAUGACAACAGAAGGGAAGAAGUGGAGCUUCGUUCAUUGAAAAAGAGGGUAAGGUCUCCUUUGAAAAAAGUUCAUGUCAAAAGAGAUGGAGACAAACCAGCUGGAAAACAACAUCCAGAAUCCAGUUCAUCUGCCUUGGAAUUGACUUCAUCGGUAAAAUCUUCGGGACCAAAUGAAAAGUUCUCUGUAAAGCUUGAAAAGGUCAGCAGGGUUAGAUGCACCCCUGAAGGAAAGAGAAGACGAAAACCUCGGUUUUGAUUGAAACAAAUAACUUACAAUUUAUGCUGGGUGGGUAAUAGGAACCAGUUAUUCCUCAUAAUUCAGUUGGUUGCUACCCAAAAUCAGAGGCUUGGAUAAAAUCGUAUGUUAUACUGUAGUACAUGUAAUUAGUUUGUCAUUAUUUGUAUUAGUGGUUGUCUUGACAGUACUAACAGUAGAAUUUUGCAGGCUGUAUCUUUAUGUACUUUUAAUUUAAUCUUGACAACAACUUAGAUGAGGCAGGGGAAGGGGGAGAAUUUUCACAAUGUACUGCUGAUGGCUUUGUAACACUUUAUAUUUUAAUAAAUUUUCAGAUAUUCUUG